AUGGCCUGGUUUAGUAAAUCAAAGACUGACAAUUCCUCAAUUGAACAAACCCCUUCAAAUAACUUCCCUCCUCAACAAAUUGAACAACGUGCCCACGGCUCAAUUAAUAUGCCGUCCACCACCGCAAUUCCAGGAGAUAUUGCUCCAUCUUCAGAUAUCGCUCUUACGAUUUCACAAAUAAGUACCGAUGAAUCCAGUGUUAGAGUUAAGAAUAUACUGGACAUGACUGACAAGAAACAAAUUGAAUCCAGUAUUGCUGAAUUUGUUAAUGUUAGACCAAAUAAUAUGUUUGUUAUUGAUGGUGAACGGGAUAUUAAAGAAAGUAUUAUCUGUACCAAUAAUACUCAAGAUGGUGGGAAGACUUGUUUAAAGAUGAAGAUUAAUAAUGUUGAAUUAUUUACAAUUAUGCAAAAAAUGGAAUAUUUUUGUUCAUUACCAAAUGAUGUUGAUGCUACUUAUUUUGAAUGUAGAAAGAUAAAGUAG